GUAGUAGGAUGAAUGUAGUACGACCUUUGUGCUUGAAAAAUUAAAAUCCUUUUCUAGUGUACAUUAAUCACAGCUUAGCUCCUCAUUCUUUCUUUCCUUUAAAUCUUGGGAAAAAUGGCUGAUAAUAAAUUAUACGAGGUUUUGGGAGUUACUAGAAGUGCAAGUGAUUCCGAAAUUAAACGAAGCUAUCAUAAAUUAGCUAAAGAAUUCCAUCCUGAUAAAAAUCCUGCUGCGGGAGACAAAUUUAAAGAAAUUAGCUAUGCGUAUGAAGUUUUAUCGGAUACGAAGAAAAGACAAGUUUACGACAAAUAUGGGCUGAAAGGUUUACAAGAGGGUGGUCAAGGUGGUGGAUUUCCUCCCGACGAUCUUUUUGGUCAAUUUUUCGGUGACAUAUUCGGUAUGGGAGGUGGCAGCAGAGGCCGAGUACCCAGAAGUGACGAUACGAUGCAUCCUCUGAAAGUAACCCUCGAGGAUAUGUAUAUGGGGAAGACUACCAAGUUACAGCUAAGCAAAAAUGUGAUUUGUGGGCCUUGUAAAGGUAUUGGUGGCAAGCCUGGAUCUGUUGUCACCUGCAAGGACUGCCAUGGACGGGGGCUCAAAGUUUCCUAUCAGCAGAUAGCACCACAUAUGACUCGACAAUUCCAAUCUCGCUGCCCUACCUGUCAUGGUCAGGGUGAAACUAUUAAUGACAAAGAUAAGUGCCCUAAGUGCAAAGGUAAGAAAGUCUUAAAUGAAACUAAAAUUCUGGAAGUGCAUGUUGAGAAAGGAAUGCGAGACAAUCAGAAAAUUUACUUCAGGGGAGAAGGUGAUCAGCAGCCUGACACUCAACCAGGGGAUGUGAUUAUUGUGUUGCAACAGAAGCCCCAUGAUAUAUUCCAGAGAACUGGUGAUGAUCUUCUGAUUAGACAUAAGAUCACACUGACUGAGGCUCUGUGUGGGUUUGAGUUCAUUAUUAAACAUUUAGACGGCCGAGACUUACUUGUGAGACAUGCACCAGGUGAAGUGAUCAAACCUGGAGACCUGAAAGGCAUACAAGGUGAGGGAAUGCCUCUAUACAAAAACCCGUUUGAGAAAGGAAACCUUUACAUUAAGUUUGAUGUUGCUUUCCCUGACAACAACUUUGCUACUGAAGAGCAGCUGAAACAAAUUGAAACUGCAUUGCCGCCCCGCCCUGCUUUUGUGAUGCCAACUGGUGAAGAUGUUGAAGAGGUGAAUCUGAUGGAGUACACUGCCUCUGAGCGUGGCAGUAGACGAGAAGAGGCCUAUGCCAGUGAUGAGGAUGAGCACAUGCAUGCAGGGCCAGGUGUGCAAUGCGCACACCAGUAGUUCAAUUGUCCACAUUUAUGGAUUUCUACUCAAACCUCACACUAUAUAAUUUUAUCAUAGGUUAUAUUAUGUAAAUUAAACUAAGUAGGUAUACACUAUACUGUUAUACUUAGUUCACAGAAUGCUAGAAUUAUUUGACUAUUGUUGUGUGCAGUGUAUUGACAUACUUGGGAGUAACUAUUUCCUAUGCCUUACUAAAUUUGUUGCUAAAUUCUUCAAGUUUUAAGCUGAGUCACCAUGGUUGAUAUUGUGGAUCCUAACCAACAUUGUAGUAAAGAUAGCACAGUUAUGUCAUAAAAAUUUACUGUAGAAGUUUUAAGAUACCAAUUUGAAAAUAAUGUAGGAUAAUUAAAGUUCCGUUUUUGAGUAAAAACCUGCCUGUGAUACCUCAUAGGUCUAAUUGCUGUAUCAUUUCUAGGUGGUGUUCAAAUUGUGUUGUUUAUAAUUUUUCAAUAUGAGCUAAGUAUGUUUCUGUUCUAGGUGCAGUUUGAGUUACACUUGUCUCUAAACUGUACUAGUCAACAUGAAUUUGGCACUAGUAUAGUAUUAAUCCACUAAUGGGUUAUUGGAUUCCAUAAAAUAUAUGUAUUAUAUGAAAAAUAAAAUUUAGUAAUACCAUUAAAAUAUUUUAAUUAUUUAUUUCAAUAAUUAGCACUUAUUUACAUACAACUGGUUAACUACAAAUGUAUCUGUUCCAUUUCCAUACAUUCUAAAAACAACUUAACAAAAUCAUGUUGCUAAACACAGCAAAAUAUUUUUAGAUAGUUAUAAUUUUUAUUUUCAGAAUAGAAUUAGUACUUGUGGUGGGGGAGAGUUAUUGACUUCUGUAUAUUCUGAAAAGUUUGCUUUUAGCAAAAUAAAGCUCUGCAAUACUUGUGAAAGUUUUGUAAAAGUUUUUAUUUACAAA